CGUAAUGUCCCAAGUCUAUCAAGAUGGCGGCGCCCUGUGGCAGGUCGUGUGUUAUGAAACAAAUGGUUGCAAGGUAGUGAGUUACGUCCGUAACAUAAAGUUGACAACAUGUUGCAUCGGAAGUACUCAAUCGUAAGAUGGCAUUAGAUGACAAAAAUUGAAGAAUCGGAUCUAUAAUACAAGAGGGAAAAUGUUUGCGCAUGUAUGGAUGCGACUGCCUUUAACAGUAGAGUCCGCACCAGGGCGGAGGACAUUGGGUCUAUUUUCAAGUGCAGGACCUUCAAACUGGAAUAAAGUGGUGUCUGACGCCGAAAAGAUCGUGGGCUAUCCAACUUCUUUCAUGAGCCUUCGCUGUCUACUUAGUGACGAGUUUACUAACGUCGCCAUGCAUGUCAAGAAGCUGGUCGGAACCCAACACCCUCUACUUAACACGGCAAGAGGUUUUAUCUAUGACACCAGGAACAACCUUCAAAUGAGAGGACUAGUUGUUCUUCUUCUCUCAAAAGCUGCAGGACCAAGCCACACAUCCUCAGAUCUUUUAUCUCAGGAUAUGGUCAGCGGUAUCUACCCAAGCCAGCGCAAUUUGGCAGAAAUCACUGAGUUGAUCCACACGGCAUUCCUGGUGCAUCAUGGAGUAGUCAAUUUGAAAGAGUUGACAGCUUCUGACGGCUUGCUGAAGGACAUGGAGUUUGGGAAUAAGAUGGCUGUUCUGAGCGGAGACUUCCUUCUUGCAAAUGCUUGUACCGGAUUGGCCCAGUUAAACAACACCAAGGUAGUUGAACUGAUCUCCAGUGCCAUCGGUGAUUUAGUACAAGGAAUCUACUAUGAGAGUUCCAGUAACACUGAGAAUAGUCUCACCACUGAAGUCAGUACCGCAACAUGGGAGGAGCAGACAUUCCUGUCUCAUGCGGCGCUACUGGCCAAGAGUUGCCAAGCUGCCCUGGAGCUGGCACAACAUGAUGAUAAGUCCCAAAGACUGGCCUACAAAUACGGCAAGCACCUGUCCUUAGGGCACAAGCUUAACUCUGACCUCCAGCCAUUUGUGAAGAGCAACGCAGGAGAGCAGGUGUCUUUCAGUUUUAGCGCCGCCCCUGUGGUUUUUCACCGUCACAUCAUUGGCCCCGAGCGAUGGCAGGACCAACUGCAGCAGGCAAAAACAAUGAGAAACCAACUUGAUUACUCCAAGCUUUUGGCAGCAGUUAAGUCAGAGAAAGGCGUGAGUUCGGCAGUCAACUUAUGCUGUUACCAUAGCGACAGGGCUCUAGAGGCCAUCCAGGCUUUCCCCUCCUCCGAGGCUCGAUCUGCCUUGGAAAACAUCGCCUCUGUUAUCACCAAAUUUUGACAAGGAUUCGCUUAAACACGCACACAUUUGUGAUUUUAAAAUUGAAGCUCCAUUGGUCCUUUUGUGCCGAGGCCAGCAAAAUAAUGACAUGAAAUCAGGUGCUCUUUCAUGGACUGCUUGAACAGUUGAGCUCAAUUCUGAAUGCUGCAAGAGCAUAGAUGUUGCUUGUUGGAAAAAUAAAAAUAUUGUUGGAUCAUGCUUUGAAUGAGUGUUGAUGCAUAAUCGUUAUUGAAUGUUUUUGUUUCCAUGGUCAUCUGCAAAGGCUAACAUUUGUAGUUGAAAUUUUGCCUGAAAGGGAUUCAGAACUUUAAAGAUUAAAAGAGUUUGGGAGACCUCA